GUGACCCGCGAUGCCUUCUUUGAGCUGUUUCCUUUGAAGCUAUCGGAACUGAACGACGUGACUAACCUGAACCCAGUACCCCAAGCUGCCGUUCCUGUUAUCAAGAUGAAGUUUAUGGGCGUAGACGUGGACGUGCUCUAUUGUGGCUUAGCCCAUCCACUGAGUGGGCCAGCGAUAGACCCAGCUGAUGAUAACCUGUUGUGUGGUAUGGAUGAGAAAUCAGCACGGAGCAUCAACGGGGUUCGAGUUUCUGAUGCUAUCAAAACUUGCGUACCACAUUUCGCCCACUUCCUAGGUGCACUGAGGGUGAUCAGAGCCUGGGCUCGUAGACGUGGGAUAUACAGCAACGCCCUUGGAUACCUCGGAGGAGUCAGCUGGGCGAUAUUAGUAGCAAGAGUUUGUCAGCUCUUCCCCAAUAUGGGGCCGUCUCAGCUGGUGGUUCGAUUCUUCCGUGUGUAUUCACGUUGGAACUGGGAUCCCUCGGAGGGUGCUGUAGUUCUACGCCACUCCGAGCAACGGAAUGGGGAGGGCUUUCAGCAUCAUAAAGUCUGGUGCCCUCCUCCCAAGAGGACCACCACGGACCAACCGCUGCCUCUUGCCGCCUCUCCAAUGGCUGUGAUAACCCCAGCGUACCCGUCCAUGAACUCCACCUUUGGGGUUACUAGAAUGUCCAUGGACACCAUCAAGAAGGAACUCGAGCGUGGGGCUGGAAUAAUAUCAUCUAAAGGAGUCGACUUGAGAAGUAGAGAAUGCUGGGAGACGCUGCUCGAGCCAAUCCAUUUCUUCGAUUACGAUCAGGGAGGGUACAAGCAGUUCCUCCAG